GAUGCCCGGGUGCGGGGCGGCCCCUCCGUGCGUCCCUAAACACUCUUCUCCCCGGCCUGAGCCUCCUAGUGCUGUGGGAACUACCGCCCGCCGCUGCUGGCCCGUAUCCUAGGAGCGGCCUGACACCCUCCCUACUCCGGCUUUCCCGCACAGCCAGGGUACGGUGAGCACGCGACUGAGUACGGGCAAGCCGGGUGCCCCAUGGACACGGGGGCAGGUAGCUCAUACCUUGCUCUCAGAUGGAGACCCAGGCGAACCCGGAUCAGGGGACUUGAAGCAUCUGAGGGUAGCCACCCCAUACAGAGAUCUGUGUGUAUCUGUCGUCGGGGACUGACCCGUCCCAUCUCUGCCCUGUCAGCCCCAGGCAGGAGAGGAGGGACCUGGGCGGAGCCUGGGGUAGGGAUCAAAAAAGGUGACAUCACUUUGCAGAUACAGUCCAGCCACAGCACUCCUGCUCACUUGUGUUCACCCUGGCACAUGAGACUGAUGGGAGAGAGGGGUCCAGGUUAUAUAUCUAGGGUGACACUAGGGACAAGGAGGGCAGAGAGCCCAGGCGUGGGUCCAGUAACCUGAAGUGUGGUGAUUAGAUCUGGACAGAGGCAAGCUCUUGCAAAUGCUUCCACCUCACCCCUAGGCUGCAGGAUCCUCCUGUGUGUACCUCAUCUCCCUAUUUGCCCCACUAGAUGGGUGCCGGCUGUCCAACGCCCCAGGAGAUCUGGGGCAGCAGCUGGGACCUGCAAGCAUUUGGCCAGCACCUGAACUGGGCCCCAUCCUGAUUCAGGGAUAGGAGCCGGGCAGGACUCAGCCCUGGGUCUGGACCUUCACUUGGUGCCCUUUACUCCCAGGAUUUGCUGAGAGUUACUGGAGACUUAUACCCAGCAUACUUAGUGCAGGAUCCCCAGUCCCGGUGUGUGAUCUAAGUUUUUAUAGAUCUCCAGCUCUGGGGAGGGAUCCAGAGUUUGGAGGUUACCCUGGGUGAAAUGGAUAACCUCCCUUCCUCCUCCCCAGGGAGCCCGGUGGAGGCGCCCUCCCGAAGCACUACACUGCCCAUGCUGACUACCCGGCCCUCCGGCUCGGGCCGCCACUGCCGAUGUCAUGAGUAACACCACAGUACCCAAUGUCCCCCAGGCCAACAGCGACUCCAUGGUGGGCUACGUGUUGGGGCCUUUCUUCCUCAUCACCCUGGUCGGGGUGGUGGUGGCUGUGGUAAUGUAUGUACAGAAGAAAAAGCGGGUGGACCGGCUUCGCCACCACCUGCUCCCCAUGUACAGCUACGACCCUGCUGAGGAGCUGCACGAGGCUGAGCAAGAGCUCCUGUCUGAUGUGGGAGACCCCAAGGUGGUACAUGGCUGGCAGAGCGGCUACCAGCACAAGCGGAUACCAUUGCUGGACGUCAAGACAUGAACUGACCCCUUGCCCUGAUAUUCAGUGUUUGAGGCCCGUAGCCUGCUGCUUCCCCCCCUCCCACUCGCACUCACCCAGCCCCUUGCUGGGUACUGGGUCCCCAUUCCUCCCACCUA